AUGAAGGCAUUCAUGCGAUUGAUUUGCACUGGCCUUGCGGCUACUAGAAUCUCAGCUUACACAUCUACUCUCAGUGUGCAGAACCGAGAUGCUCCUGAUGUGAAUGCUCGACCAAUCGCCCUUAAUGGCACAGUCGCUGGUACUUAUUGGGAUUUCGACUCUGGGAUUGAUUUCCAAGGCUUCCCAAUCAUCCUGAUCGAGGACGAGAAUAAUCCCGGCCACUUUUCCUUCCAACUCUAUGGGGUGGAGGGUGAUCAAGUCCUAGGUCUUAAGGACAAUGUCCUCACCGUUUUAGACAACAAUAAUGACACCUCCUCCCACUACAAUAUUUUUACAGUGACCUCGCCUUGGCUUGUGUCUUUGGACAUGCCUGGAGGCUGGGUUGCAGUUCGCACAGAUACAACCGAGGAGUCCUGGCAGGAUCCUUUCAAGAUCAUGUGGGAUGACUACCAGAACAUGAGCACAAGAGCUGCAGUUGGCGACACCUUCCCUGUUCAAGUCAUCCUUUGGGAGUCUUAG